UGUUGGUCACUUUGUUUGAUGACAUCCGUCAACUGUCAAUUAUAUAAAUAACCAAAAAGUAUAUUUAUUAGUUAUAAAAUGGGUGGACAUGGGCAUGGACAUGGUGACCCCUACAAAAUCCCAGAUUACAGAAUCUACAAGGUAGCAGACGUCCCCGAAUUAGCAAGUAUUGAAAAAGCAUUGGCUUCACAAGGAUUAAAAGACCCAUGGUUAAGAAACGAAGUUUGGAGAUACAAUGUAAAGGAAUUUGGUAAUGAAAAAAUCAGAAUCAAACAAGUUUUCUUCAGAGGCUUCAAAUAUGGAUUUGGAGCUUUCUUGCUCACCAUUGCUGGCACUGCUAUUUACGAUAAGUUAAAUCCCAGUGAUCAUGGACAUGGUCACCAUUAAAUUAAUUUAUAAUUAAUUUUGUAGUAAUGUAAAUAAAUCCCUAAUAUGUUUUUUGUUUCUUGUUUUCCUUUUAAACUUUUAAGUCCCUG